AUGCUAUCUGCAACUAUUCAGUAUCGAUUUGGGUGUUGGUUAUUGAAAGGCAUUGUAGGGAUCAACACAACGGUAGUUAUCAGAUUUAGUUGUCUGAGUUAUACUCUCAGUAUAAGGUUUGUGACGAUUGACGAUAGUAAAUACAAAGAAUCUAUUCUAAGGAAAGCUUAAAACGCACAGUAAUGAAGAGUACAGAAAUCAUUUACGAGAAUAUAAAUCGACGGAAGAAGAUUUGUACCAAUAUUUUGAGCACAAAAUUGAACAGAUGUUUAACAACAUUCGAUUUAACUUUUGUUGGAUUAAGUUAUAUUAUUGGAGCAGGUGUUUAUGUCUUAACAGGGGCUGUAGCUGCCGAGAACGCAGGCCCUGCUGUCAAUAUAUCAAUAUUGAUAGCAACAUCGUCAGCCUUAUUGUCUGCAGUAUGCUACGCCGAAUUAUGUUGUAGGAUACCACGAGCGGGCAGUGCCUACCUGUAUGCCUACCUGACCAUCGGGGAGAUCUGGGCUUUCAUUAUAGGCUGGAGCAUGAUCUUAGAAUUUAUGGCUGCGUCUGGGAGCAUUGCGCGCGCAUUAGCCACAUUCAUCGAUACGGUGUUUGAUGAUGCUAUCCGAAACGCAACAGUUGAUUAUCUAAUGGGUGGAAAAGAAUGGAACUCUCCAUUUUUAGCAAGCUAUCCAGAUUUUCUUGCAGCUUUUAUGAUUUUAAUUUUUACUAUAAUUGUCUUAUUUGGAGUACAGUUAUCUUCGGCAAUAAAUAAUAUUAUCACUGUAUCCACUUUAAUCAGUAUUUUCAUCCUGGUAACAUAUGGGUCGGUUUUUAUAGACUUUUCUAACUGGACGGAUUAUGGUGGAUUUUUCCCAAAUGGAUUCGGCGGUGUUGUGUCGGGAUCUGCAAAACUGUUUUUUCUUUAUGCCGGGUUCGAAGUUAUCUGUGUGUCUAGCGAAGAAUGCGAGACUCCCGCCAAAAGUGUUCCAAAGGCUUUGGUGCUCGUGGUCGUUGGAUCCACUGUUGUCAAUUUGGUAGUGGCAAGCACUAUCACGUUGCUGGUACCUUGGUCUGAAAUAAAUACGAUUAUGCCAUUUCCGGAUGCUUUUAAACAAAUGGGAGAAAUAGCUCCAACAUACAUUGUUUUAGUCGGAAUGUCUUUUAGUGUUGCUGGAUCAAUUUUGAUAUCGCUACAUACUCUUCCACGACUUGUUUACGCUAUGGCUAACGACGGACUGCUCUUUUCACCACUCGCUCGCAUUUCCUCUGGCAAUCAGGCUCCUGUGAUGGCAACUGUGAUAUUCGGAGCAAUUACGAUGGUGAUCGUCUUGUUUAUAAAUUUCAACGCGUUGGUGGAAUCUCUAAACAUAGGCAGUCUUCUUUGUUACACGAUUGUUUCAGCUUCUGUUAUUGUGCUUCGAUACAGACCUGAGAAUGAAAAUGCUACCAUCUUUAACAAACAAGACUGUGUCCCAGUGGUUUGUGUGAAUGAAGACCAAAUGGGCGAAACUAGCGGAACCCUUAAAUCACAAUUUGAAAUGUUGCUUUUCCUAAAGAGUGACGUUCCUGGACGUACAGUGGCAAUAUCUACCGUCGUUUAUGCGUUAUGCUGCGCUGGUACAACUGCGUUACUCAGCCAUUCUGCCAAUGACAUCAUGAAUGGCCACUGGGGAUAUUUCAUAGUAUUCAUAGUUUUUCUUCUUGGAUCAGUAUUGACAUUCACUAUCAUAUUGAUGCAUCACCAGAAUUAUGAAAAAUUAUCGUUUAAGGUACCUUUUGUUCCUUUCAUUCCUGCCCUUGCAAUGCUAUGCAAUAUCGUGCUACUGGUGAAUCUUUCCGUGUUUACAUGGAUUCGUUUUAUAGCGUGGGUAUUUUUAGGGUUGUUAAUAUAUGGCAUUUAUGGUUAUCAUCAUAGUUUGGUGGGCAUAAGCAUUAAUUCAUCAUCGGAGGAAGAAAACGACGCAUCUCAUUUUUCCGCGUCAAUGAGUUACGGCGAUUAUGGAGCCGUUAAAUUAGUAAAUGUACCAUCAUCAGAUGAGAACAGCUAUUAAGAUAAUAUUAUUAUAUAAUAAAUUGAAGAAGCUAUAACCUACAAUAUAUAAUAUAUGUAACAUUUUGCUAGGUAAUAUAAUGUAUCGUAAUUUACAAUAAAAUGAAAUGAUUUAAAUGAUACAGAUAUAUGAUAUAAUGUGAUGUAAUAUAUGAUGUGAUAUAUUUUUAUAGGCCUAUUACCUAUAUAUGAUAUAAUGAUGGGUAAUAUAUGAUAUU